GGAGGUACAUAGGUACAUACUUCAUAAUUGUACAGAUUUAACUUCACUACAACUUUCUCGUCGCCGACCAAAAAUAAACAACAAUUCCCUAGAACUUAUACGUACACAUAUACUGCUCAAUUCGUUUCGGCAAGCGGGCGUCUCUCUAUUUACAAUGCUAGUUUCUCUCACCGUCGGCAAGGUCGACGCCGGCGUUACUGUUCUAUUGACCCCUGAUAAACGAUUGAUCGAAUUUCCUUCUAUUCUUCUACCCCCAAACAUCGUCUCGGGUUCUAUAGUCGAUAUCACCGUCGCGCGGAAUAACGAGUCCGAAGCAAAAGCAGAAGCCCGCUUCUCAGCCCUCCAAGAUCAGAUUUUCUCCUCCUUCGGUGCUUCUCAACCUAGCACUCCCGUCCUCCGUUGCCGAAAUGCCACUCAAACCUCCGUAGUCCUCGAGUGGGACCCUAUCGAGCUUGCUACUGCCAACCUUAUCUCCCUAUCCCUUUAUCGCAAUGGCCAAAAGGCCGGUAACAUCCCUCGACCUUUACAAAUGCAUAGUACCAAGAUCAGUGGUCUCGCCGUCGACAACGAGUACACGUUCCACUUAGUUCUGCGCACCACCGCUGGCACCUUUGCUAGCAAACAGGUCGUUGUCCGCACUCACAAGAUGACUGAUUUAAGUGGUGUUACUAUUACAACCGGUAUUCUGCCUCCGGCCAUGCGCGAUGAGCUAACCAGUGCUGUCGAGCGCAUCGGCGCUAAGAUCGUCGAUAGCGUACGUAUCGACACCACGCAUUUCGUCACUACUGAGGGUCGCGGCGUACCCUGGGAGAAGGCCGUCGAGAUGAAUAUUCCUGUCGUCCGACCAGAAUGGGUAGAAGCCUGUGAAAAGAACGGUCGCAUUCUAGGUGUUACCAAAUUUUAUCUAGAUGCUCUACGACCUGGUGCGCCAGGCAGCGAAGAAACGUCAAGGAAUGUAGCAUCUCCUAAUUCAGCAACGCCACAGGCGCAAAAGGAUCUUCCACAGGCACCAGCCCAACCCCAAGAGAAUAAGGAAGCAGAGGCAAAGAAGGAAGAGAGUAAAGAGGAAAGCAGUGAAGAGGAAGACGAUGACGAAGAGAAAGCAGGCGAUGAGGAAAAAGCAAAGGCCACAGAUGAACAGAAAGUAAGGCUCGACGAUAGAGAUGCCCAAAAAGUCGUUUUGAGGCCCGCCGAGCAACCAGAAAAGACCAGUAGCGAGGAAGAGGGUAAUUCAGACGAGAAGGCACCCGAGCCUUCUCCCGGUGAUGGGGCGUCUUUCCAGGAUGUAGCGCUAUAGACAUAGUCAGGCUAGGAGGAUCCAUUAGCAUGGUGUUUUUUCAGGGGUGCCCAAAAGAAACAAAAAUACCCGGCCCGGUGAUGAAAUUGGUUGUUCUCCGUCUUGAGCUAUGAUUGAUAUACCUGUGUACAGUAGGAAGAAGGCCGGCGCUUCGCCGUCUCGAUGUUAUGUCCGUUCUAAUAGAUUUGGUAAUUUACGAUUAACUUAAUGAGGAUUUUAUCGAUUUGGCUCUUGGGAAUAUGAG